AUGAUCGUUGAUGAGAGGUCACGGGAGAUUUCUCACUUGCCUCGCCGGUUUUCAAAACCCCCCUUCAACUGCUACUCCGUCAAGUUCAGCCCCUUCUAUGAGAACCGCCUCGCCGUUGCCACCGCCCAGAACUUUGGUAUCCUCGGCAACGGCCGCCUCCACGUCCUCAUCCUCUCCCCGGACCCUUCCCUCCCUAUCGCGGAGCUUGCCUCCUACGACACCGCCGAUGGUGUCUACGACGUAGCCUGGUCGGAAUCACACGACUCCAUCGUCAUCGUCGCCAUGGCCGACGGCUCCGUGAAGCUCUACGACCUGGCCGUACCCCCCACUUCCAACCCGAUCCGCUCCUUCCCGGAACACACCCGCGAGGUCCACUCCGCCGACUACAACCCCGUCCGCCGCGACUCUUUCCUCUCCUCCUCUUAA